AAAAAAAACACACAAAUAACAGCGCGAAAAGAAAGAAAAGCAAAACGGAGAAGCAAAACGGAGAAGCAAAACGGAGAAGCAAAACGGAUAGGCAAACGUGAAAGGCAAAGGAUUCCCAAUCGGUUGGCGGCAGCGAAUGGUCCCUUUGGAACCACCCAAGCAGUUGCUCAGCAGCAGGGAACCCCCGCGUAGCGUGCGCCGAAGGCCCAUCAAAGGGAAGAAGUAACCAUUUGAGGGAGCGCUUGCGGUUCAUUAGGCGAUUCACGUGAGAGGUGCGAAGAACACCGCUUAACCUUCCCAGUUAGCGGCUUUUUUGCACCUCUAACCCCAGAGGGAGGAGUGCACCCCGGUAACCGCCGCCCACACGAAGACCGCCAUGUACAGGAGGUACAUUUGGAACAGCCUCUUCCGGGAUGUGAAUUUCCGGCUGAAGAAGAUUUACCACUCGUUUUACUACGCGCAGAGCCACAUAAAAUAUGUCAUGCUGUUUCUUUUCCCCGGAGUGAUCUGGUCCACUCGGUACCGGGCGGACACCAAGCUGGGUUACCACAUCUACAUAAAUGAGGAGCGGCUCUACCCGAGUGGUUUGAGCGGCGGGGAUGAGGUAAGCGGCUGGAGCGACCGCGGCAACCUUGUGGGCCCCCUCCACGCCAAGUACCUCCACUACCGCAACAAACUCACGAAGAAGAAGUGGAAGAACGGCACGAAAAUUUACCUGGAGGACGGGCUGACCGUUGGAGACGUGAAGAGGGUGCUGUACGGAGAGGAGGAAAGGAUCCCCAGGCAUUUGAAAGUUGGCUGCCGCGGGCGGAUGAUGGAAGACACGGACAACCUGGCUAUGGCGGUUCGGGCCUUCUGCAAAAGGGACCCCAAGAUUUUCCUCUGGGAGGACGAGCACGCGGCGUACCUCUGAGGGGUGUCAGCGGUGCGAGCGUGCUAGCGGUGUUAGCGUGUUAGCGGUGCGAGUGCUUCCAAUCUGCCAGGUGAACUGGUCGCC